UCCCGUCCCGAGUUUUCUAUGCAAAAUUCGCACAGUAAAUUAAAGCUAGUCCCUGUUGACUAAAUAAGUUGUUAAAUUCCAUUGAUGGAUUUAUUUUAAAAACCAAAUAGAAUGCUGUGAAAAUAAAUAUUUUGCUGUCGAAACCAGGGAUGCCUUUCGUACGGAAACGAUAAGAAGAAGAUUGAAGGGAGCAUUUUCCAUUUCAAAAUCAAAAAUAAAUGAAACAAUGGAAGGGUUUACCAUGAAGGUGAACCUUACUUUCUUUUUUAGCGACGAGCGUCAGCACGCAUUGAUAUUGAUCGACAGCACGUGGCAAACUAUUGAGGAUGUGCAGAACCACAUUCAGGUCCUCUUCAAUUUGAAGGAUAUUCGUUUGCUAACCAAUUCAGGAUACUUUCUACCGCCCAAGGAGUCUCUGAGGGUGCUCAAAGAUGCUUCUGGAUUGAAGGCCUUCUCUUUCCAUGAACCACCAGCCACCAGUUUAGAGGAAGGAAGCAAAGAGACAAGCAAGAAGCGCAAGAAAUCAUUCGAUGAAACCGAGAGCUUACGCUGCAGCCCCCCUUGGGAUCAGCCAAAACGCUCUAAGCAGAAGAACAAAUCGACUUUGCAACCAAUUUCUCUGAAUGCCGCAGCUGAUGAUAAGGUGAAUCCUUCAUGUAACACCAGUGAAUCCGACGGGCCACUCUCCAACUCCACUUUGAAGCAGCCUAAGCGUUUCAAGCAAAAAAACAAAUCGACUUCGCAAUCAAUUAAUCUGAGUGCCGCAGCUGAUGAUAAGGUGAAUCCUUCAUGUAACACCAGUGAAUCCGACGGGCCACUCUCCAACUCCACUUUGAACCAGCCUAAGCGUUUCAAGCAAAAAAACAAAUCGACUUCGCAAUCAAUUAAUCUGAGUGCUGCAGCUGAUGAUAAGGUGAAUCCUUCAUGUAACACCAGUGAAGCCGAGGAGCCACUCUCCAACGCCUCGUUGAAUCAGCCAAAGCGUUUCAAACAGAAAAAACAAUCGACUCUGCAACCAAUUUCUCUGAGUGCCGCAGCUGAUGAUAAGGUGAAUCCUUCAUGUAACACCAGUGAAGACGUGGAGCCACUCUCCAACGCCUCGUUGAAUCAGCCAAAGCGUUUCAAACAGAAAGAACAAUCGACUCUGCAACCAAUUUCUCUGAGUGCCGCAGCUGAUGAUAAGGUGAAUCCUUCAUGUAACACCAGUGAAGACGUGGAGCCACUCUCCAACGCCUCGUUGAAUCAGCCAAAGCGUUUCAAACAGAAAAAACAAUUGACUCUGCAACCAAUUUCUCUGAGUGCCGCAGCUGAUGAUAAGGUGAAUCCUUCAUGUAACACCAGUGAAGACGUGGAGCCACUCUCCACCGCCUCGUUGAAUCAGCCAAAGCGUUUCAAACAGAAAAAACAAUCGACUCUGCAACCAAUUUCUCUGAGUGCCGCAGCUGAUGAUAAGGUGAAUCCUUCAUGUAACACCAAUGAAGACGUGGAGCCACUCUCCACCGCCUCGUUGAAUCAGCCAAAGCGUUUCAAACAGAAAAAACAAUCGACUUUGCAACCAAUUACUCAGAAUGCCGCAGCUGAUAAUAAGGUAAAUCCGUCAUGUAACACCAGUGAAGACUUGGAGCCACUCUCCACUGCCUCGUGGAAUCAGCGAAAGCGCUCUAAUAAAUCGACUUUGCAAUCAAUUUCCCUGAAUGCCGCAGCUAAUGAUAAGGCUGAAACAUUACAAACAUCUAAAAACACAAAAGAAUGCGAUCAGUCAAGUUCUGAUGACGAUGAUAACAGAAAAGCUGAAGUCAUACGAGUAGAACCACCAGUUCACAAUUCCUUUGUGGCCGAACAUCAAAUAAGCAGUUCGAGUCUUCAAAUUACCUCUACACUUCCCCGCUCAUCAGAGUUACAGGAGCCAGAUUUAACAGCAAAGGAAAAUAGUUCAACAUUGUUAGUCCCUGAACCGCGGCCCAUUUCGUUUCGUUGCCCGCUAAUGGAGCUGGACUCAAACAAAGUGCGCACUUACAACAUUUCAAUCAAAUCGAAACCCGCCCUAGAUAUCCCUAGAAAAUCGCAGAAAAAGCAAACAGAUUCCAGUGAACACAUCAAAUUGGCCACUCCCAAGACCGCCAAACAUGAAUCUACAACUAUAGCUCGAGCUGGAGCUACAACAGAAGAUGUGGCACCCUUAGUAGAUGUGAAAACGGUUCCCAGACGUGCUUGUGCCGACGCUAUAGACUGUGAUUCCGAGGACGAUGUCAUGGUGCUAGAUGACACCAGUGUAGAUGUGGACUCUGACGUGGAAGUGUCCCCCCAAGUUGUCCCAAGCGAUGAUUCUCAGGCAAAUGAUUCUUCGAUGGUCAUGUUUAAAAACGCAUCUCCGCUAAAGGAUUUGCCAAUAAGGGGCGACACAAUACUCUUCAAGCUAAGGAAGAUCAAGAACUCAAUGGAAUCGGGGCUAACCGGAGUUAUAGCUGCUAGCUGUACCUACAUCAAUCGUCGCACCAAAGCCGUUUCACUGCAAGUUAUAUCAUCUCCUCCAGGCAUCAGUAGUGUACUGAAACAGUACUGCAACAGCUUAGACGACUCAGGCGAAGAUAUACCCUGUUUAAUGGUCAAUAUGACCGAUCUGAUUGAAGCAAAACGUGUCGUACCCAGAGCCUAAAUAAUGUAACGAGCGUUUACAUACAUUCUGAUGUUCUAUUUUCAUAGCUUUGUAAAUUAUAUAAACAAUCAAAUAACAUGCAAAUGUACGAUUUAUU